AUCCCGAUCAUGUGACCGUAGCCAGCAUGGAGGCGUAGGCGACGAGAGGCGUCAUUCGUUGAAAACACAGCAAGUCACUUCGCUUGUAACGGAUUUCGCAAGAAACGGACAAGGCAACAGGCACCGUUCAUACACUCAACAUUUUAUUUUCUCACAUCUUAGUGAAAUGAGGGCAACAUGGGUGCGAAGGAUUCAAGGAUAGGUUUCCUUUCGUAUGACGAGGCCAUUAAACGAGUAACUGAUGUGGAGUUGAAGCGGCUGAAGGAUGCCUUUAAGAGGACCAGCGGCCUGUCCUACUACAUGGCCCAACAGUGCUUCUACAGAGAAGUACUGGGAGAUGGAGUCCCUCCGAAGGUUGCAGAAGUCAUCUACAACUCAUUUGGAGGCACGUCUAAAGGACUACACUUUAACAACCUCAUCAUUGGCCUGGUGCUGCUGACUAGAGGACGAGAUGGGGAGAAGGCCAAGUACCUCUUCAGCCUGUUUGCCAGUGAGUCGGGAGGCUAUGCGGCGCGAGACGACAUGGAGGCCGUGCUACGGGCAUUGGACGGGGAAGUCCCGCCGUCUCUAAGGAAGUGCUUCAGCGAGGGGGAGAAAGUCAACUAUGAACGCUUUAAGAACUGGCUCCUUCAGAACACUGAGGCGUUCACCUUCUCCCGUUGGCUGCUCUCCGGAGGCGUGUGUGUCACCCUCACAGACGACAGCGACACGCCCACCUUCUACCAGACUCUGGCCGGAGUCACACACUUAGAAGAGUCUGAUAUCAUUGACUUGGAGAAACGCUACUGGCUGUUGAAAGCCCAGUCCAGGACCGGACGCUUUGACUUGGAAACCUUUGUCCCGCUGGUCUCUCCUCCUAUUCACGCUUCGCUAAGUGAAGGUUUGUUUCAUGCGUUUGAUGAGAACCGGGACAAUCACAUUGACUUUAAGGAGAUCUCCUGUGGCCUGUCUGCCUGUUGCCGGGGGCCCGUCGCCGAGAGGCAGAAAUUUUGUUUCAAAGUGUUUGACGUGGACCGGGAUGGGGUUCUGUCUCGAGACGAAAUCCACGAGAUGGUAGCCGCACUCCUGGAAGUGUGGAAGGACAAUCGCACGGACACACUUCCUGAACUGCUCACCAACGUGUCGGACAUAGUGGAGGGAAUCCUGAAGAUGCACGACACGACCACGCUGGGUCACCUGACCCUGGAGGACUACCAGAUCUGGAGUGUGAACAGUGCUCUGGCCAACGAAUUCCUCAACCUGCUAUUCCAGGUCUGUCACAUUGUCCUGGGGCUUCGACCUGCCACUGCUGAAGAGGAGGGACAAAUCAUCAGGGGGUGGCUGGACAGAGAGGGCAGACAUGGGUUUCAGCCUGGUGAGAACUGGUUCCUCAUCUCCAGCCAGUGGUGGACGCUGUGGAAAGACUACGUCAAAUACGACCACAAGUCCAUCGUGGUGGAUCAGCCCUCUAUCUUCUCCUCUCUGAGGAAUCCUCAGGCCUCUGCCACCGUCAAGCCUGCCCCCCUGGAGCCAGGGGUAGGGGUACGCUGUGUAGGGGAAGGUCUGCCCGGCCCAGCCAGCGCCUCAGAGGAGAGGUCCCCUGAUGCUGUGUCCAGCGCCUCUGAAGCAACAGAGACCCAAAGCACAGUGGUGACCCCCCAGGCCGGACCCUCAGCCACAGAUAUCUGUUUUGCUCGGCAACACAACGUGUCAGACAACAACCAGUGUUUCUCCGGGGCCAACGGCCACAUCCCCUCCCUCUCUCAGUCCCAUCUGGCACCUCAGAGACCUGGAGCCAUCGACAACCAGCCCCUGGUUAACACAGACCCCAUGAAGGCCCCCACAUUGACCAUGGAGGGAGGCCGGCUGAAGCAGUCCUUACAGCUGGUGGCGGGCAGGGACUUUGAGACGGUACCAGAACCUGUUUGGAGGGCACUGUUCCACUGGUAUGGAGCCAACCUCAGCCUGCCACGACCGGUGAUCCAGCAGACGAAAACAGGCCGUGCUGAGCUGGAGCUCUUCCCACGCUACCUUCUCUUCCUGCGGCAGCAGCCCGCCACACGCACCCCCCAGUCCAACAUCUGGGUUAACAUGGGUAUGACCAGCCUGAGAAUGUUCCCCCAGCACCUCCCCAGAGGUAACGUGCCCUCCCCCAACGCUCCUCUGAAGCGUGUCCUGGCCUAUACAGGCUGUUUUAGCCGCGUGGGCACCAUCAAGGACAUCCACCUCUACCUGUCUCGGAGGCUACGCAUCAAAGACGAGGACAUGAGGUUGUGGCUCUAUAACAGCGAGAACUAUCUGACCCUGCUGGAUGAUGAGGACCACACUCUGGAGGGCCUGAAGAUUCAGGACGAGCAACACUUAGUUAUCGAGGUUCGGAACAAAGACAUGAGCUGGCCAGAAGAGAUGUCCUUCAUCGCUAACAGCAGUAAAAUGGACCGACAUAAAGUUGCUACGGAGAAGGGUGCCACGGGCCUCAGUAACCUAGGCAACACGUGCUUUAUGAAUUCUAGUAUCCAGUGUGUGAGCAACACCACGCCCCUCACUGACUACUUCAUCUCAGGAAGACACCUCUAUGAACUCAACAGAACCAAUCCCAUCGGGAUGCGAGGUCACAUGGCUAAAUGUUACGGAGACCUGCUGAUGGAGCUGUGGAGUGGAACUCAGAAGAACGUUGCUCCUCUCAAACUCAGGUGGACGAUAGCGAAGUACGCCCCACGGUUCAACGGCUUCCAGCAGCAGGACAGUCAGGAGCUUCUGGCCUUCCUAUUGGACGGGCUCCAUGAGGACCUGAACAGGGUGCAUGAGAAACCCUACGUAGAGCUGAAGGACAGCAACGGACGACCCGACUGGGAAGUCGCCUUAGAGGCGUGGGAGAACCACUUGCGGAGGAACCGUUCCAUCGUGGUGGAUCUGUUCCACGGCCAGCUCAAGUCCCAGGUCAAGUGUAAGACGUGUGGUCACAUCAGCGCCCGCUUCGACCCCUUCAACUUCCUGUCUUUACCCCUCCCCAUGGACAGCUCCAUGCACCUGGAGAUCACUGUCAUUAUGCUGGAUGGUUCUACCCCUGUACGGUUCGGCCUAAGGCUCAACAUGGAUGACAAGUACACGGGUCUAAAGAAACAGCUGAGUGAGCUGUGUAGUCUGAAACCAGAACAGAUACUACUGGCUGAGGUCCACAGCUCCAACAUCAAGAACUUCCCUCAGGAUAACCAGAAGGUGCGUCUGUCGGUGAACGGCUUCCUGUGUGCGUUUGAGAUCCCUGUGCCAUGCUCCCCCACUUCCCUCACCUCUCCAACACAGACAGAAGGGCUUGCUGACAUGUCCGUCUGUAACACCUCUCCAGACAUCACCCCUGUGCCCAUGGCUAACGGGGUGGCGGUGGCAGCUAAAGCCCAUCCUGAUGGUAAGCCUGGUCUGAUCUCCAACGGCAUGCCCAGCACCGUGGUGCACUGCAGAGAGACCACAGAGAGAAGCCUGCCCAACGGACACGUAUCCCCCGUCCAGGACAGCCCCUUCAUCGGGUACAUCAUCGCCAUGCACAGGAAGAUGAUGCGGACGGAGUUGUAUUUCCUGUCCAGUCAGAAGAACCGCGCCAGUCUGUUUGGGAUGCCUCUGAUCGUUCCGUGUACGGUGCACACCAGUCAGAAGGACCUGUACGAUGCCGUCUGGAUACAGGUGGCCCGUCUGGCCAGCCCUCUGCCCCCGCAGGAGGCCAGCAACCAUGCACAGGACUGUGAUGACAGUAUGGGUUACCAGUACCCCUUCACACUGAGAGUGGUGGGGAAGGAUGGCAACUCAUGUGCCUGGUGUCCCUGGUACAGGUUCUGUCGAGGCUGUGCGGUGGACUGUACGGAGGACAGGGCCUCGGUAGGAAACGCCUGCAUAGCUGUCGACUGGGACCCUACAGCCCUACACCUCCGCUACCAGACCUCACAGGAGAGGAUAGUGGAGGAGCACUGUAGUGUGCAGCAGAGUCGCAGGGCCCAGGCUGAGCCCAUCAGUCUAGACAGUUGUCUGAAGGCCUUCACCAGUGAGGAAGAGCUGGGAGAGGAUGAGCUCUACUACUGCUCUAAGUGCAAGACCCACCGCCUGGCCACCAAGAAGCUGGACCUGUGGAGGCUCCCGCCUAUACUGAUUGUACACCUGAAGAGGUUCCAGUUUGUGAACGGCCGCUGGAUCAAGUCUCAGAAGAUCGUCCAGUUUCCCAGAGAGAGGUUUGACCCUAGUGUUUACCUGGCUCCCCGGGAGGCGGGGCUUAACGGGCUACACAGUCUGCAGAGCCGCAGCGAGGGGGAGGAGCUACUGAGGAUAGGAGGAGGAGAAACGGUCUCCUCCAUCUCCGCCCCUGCUGGGUUCCUCAACAUCCUCAAAGCCUCUCCAGCUUCAGGCAGGAAGUCAGCCCCUCCCUCUUCCAUCAGCUGUACCAGCAGCCCCUGCAGCAGCCCCAAGACAGGAGGAGGGUCAGGGGGCACAGGCCACAGACAGACCCGCCUCAGGCUCCCCCAGCUGGGCAGCCGUCACCGCCUCUCCAACAGCAAGGAGAACCUGGAGGGUAGUACCAGGGAGGGGGGCAGCGACUCCGACACCGAGCCCAGGGAGGGAAGACUGCAGGCGGACACGGAGGGUGGGCUCGUGGGAGUGAGGAGCGAGCCGGAGAUGUCCACCACAGACGCAUUUAGCAGCCUCAGUGACGUCAUCGUGAUGAACGGGGACAGCGGUGGCCAUAGCAACGGGCUACAGCGCACGGAGGCCAGUACGACGCCCAGCGUGAACCUAGAGACGCCCACCCCCGCCCUGCUGCACCAAAGAGACAACAGCCUGGAGAACAUCUACAACUUGUAUGCUAUUUCAUGCCAUUCAGGUAUCAUGGGAGGAGGACACUAUGUGACCUAUGCCAAAAACCCCAACAACAAAUGGUACUGUUACAACGACAGCAGCUGUAAGGAAGUGCACUCAGAGGAGAUGGACACGGACUCGGCCUACAUCCUGUUCUAUGAGCAGCAGGCAGUGGACUACUCUCAGUUCCUGCCAAAGACUGACGGCAAGAAGAUGGCCGACACCACUAGCAUGGACGAGGACUUUGAGUCUGACUACAAGAAGUACUGUGUCCUGCAGUGAUCAGGAUCACACCCUCGACCCACCCACCUACCCCUCAACACUCUGCCUGUACCUCUGAACCGAUCCACCUACCCCUCAACACUCUGCCUGUACCUCUGGACCGACCCACCUACCCCUCAACACUCUGCCUGCAACUCUGGACCGACCCACCUACCCCUCAACACUCUGCCUGCAACUCUGGACCGACCCACCUACCCCUCAACACUCUGCCUGUACCUCUGAUCCGACCCGCCUACCCCUCAACACUCUGCCUGUAACUCUGAACCGACCCACCUACCCCUCAACACUCUGCCUGUAACUCUGGACCGACCCACCUACCCCUCAACACUCUGCCUGUACCUCUGAACCGACCCACCUACCCCUCAACACUCUGCCUGUACCUCUGAACCGACCCACCUACCCCUCAACACUCUGCCUGUAACUCUGAACCGACCCACCUACCCCUCAACACUCUGCCUGUAACUCUGGACCGACCCAUCUACCCCUCAACACUCUGCCUGUAACUCUGGACCGACCCACCUACCCCUCAACACUCUGCCUGUAACUCUGAACCGACCCACCUACCCCUCAACACUCUGCCUGUACCUCUGAACCGACCCACCUACCCCUCAACACUCUGCCUGUAACUCUGGACCGACCCACCUACCCUUCAACAUUCUGCCUGUAACUCUGAACCGACCCACUCAGCCAUACACGUAUGGAAAGGAAAUUACACAACACUUCUUCUUCAGCCAGUCGCUGGGCGCCAAGAACCACAAAAUGGUCAUCACGGACUGAACCACGUGUUUUCGAAUGUCGGUGGAUACUUCCUUGUUGUUUUUGAAAGAUUUUGUUUUGCCAAGAGAACAACAUUUUAAGCCCCACGUAAAGCACUAAACUGGUGUAUAUUUAGCCUGAGGACCCCCCCCCCCCCCACCUGUAUGUGUGUGUGUUGGAUUGUCAUCACAUAAGCUGAGAUUGAUUUCCUCCUGUGCAUUUUCCUCCCCCUGCAGCCACCACAAUAUGUUCUCAUAACCUGCACAAUGUCUGGCUCUAUAACUCUGUACGGUAACGGUAGGAUGAAGAUGACUGUUGUGUCAGUACAAAAACAACUCCUAUUGCUACCUCACUGUCGCUUGCAUUUCAUUGGCCAAUUGGAACAGUAAAAUAUCUGACAGUAUUAAAAACCUCACACACUUCCUCUUUUGAUGUCCACAAACACACACACACGCGAACACGCACUUCAAAAAAAUUAUGAUCUCCCUUUUAUGAAGAAAGAUUCCACAAAGUCGAGGUGUUUGACCUGAAUUUGGCCCCUUGUCAAGCAACUGUCAAAACCCGAAAUGUGCAAUUACUGAUCAAUGUACCCCUAACAAUUUUAGUCGUUUUAAGUCACAAGCUUGAGUUUAAAUCUGGGUUAUGUUCUGGACAGGUGCCAUAGAGAAUGUUUCAAAGAUUCAUAUAUAUAUAUAUCUAUAUUUUUAUUUGUUUUCUCUUUCUCCAAAUACUUAUUUUAUAGAGAUUUUAUUUUUUUUAUGCACAAUUUGGUUCAUUUCAAGGUUGCUGUCGUCUCUACUGUUUGUCUACAGUACGUUGUAGGGAGUUAGUCUGAUACUGUAAAUGAAUAGGGUACAUCCCAGAUGGCACCCUAUUCCCUAGUGCACUACUUGUGACCUGGGCCCAUAGGGAAUAGGGUGCCAUUUGGGAUGUACCCUAUUCAUUUGCAGUAGGCUAGGACUGCCUGUCAAAUUUCCAUGUUGUAUCUAGUCCUCACCGCUCCACUCUCUCAACAAUACCAUGUUGUAUCUAGUCCUCACCGCUCCACUCUCUCAACAAUACCAUGUUGUAUCUAGUCCUCUCUACUCCACUCUCUCAACAAUACCAUGUUGUAUCUAGUCCUCUCUACUCCACUCUCUCAACAAUACCAUGUUGUAUCUAGUCCUCUCUACUCCACUCUCUCAACAAUACCAUGUUGUAGCUAGUCCUCACCGCUCCACUCUCUCAACAAUACCAUGUUUAACUAGUCCUCACCGCUCCACUCUCUCAACAAUACCAUGUUGUAUCUAGUCCUCACCGCUCCACUCUCUCAACAAUACCAUGUUGUAUCUAGUCCUCACCGCUCCACUCUCUCAACAAUACCAUGUUGUAUCUAGUCCUCACCGCUCCACUCUCUCAACAAUACCAUGUUGUAUCUAGUCCUCACCGCUCCACUCUCUCAACAAUACCAUGUUGUAUCUAGUCCUCUCUACUCCACUCUCUCAACAAUACCAUGUUGUAUCUAGUCCUCACCGCUCCACUCUCUCAACAAUACCAUGUUGUAGCUAGUCCUCACCGCUCCACUCUCUCAACAAUACCAUGUUGUAGCUAGUCCUCACCGCUCCACUCUCUCAACAAUACCAUGUUGUAUCUAGUCCUCACCGCUCCACUCUCUCAACAAUACCAUGUUGUAGCUAGUCCUCACCACUCCACUCUCUCAACAAUACCAUGUUGUAUCUAGUCCUCACCGCUCCACUCUCUCAACAAUACCAUGUUGUAUCUAGUCCUCUCUACUCCACUCUCUCAACAAUACCAUGUUUUUAUCAUUUCCAUCAGCUGCUAGAUAAAAUAAUUUGUGGUAAAACACUACUUAAAGUGCGCUGUCAUUUGGUCUUCAUAGCGCUGUCAUAAGGUCUUCAUAGCGCUGUCAUAAGGUCUUCAUAGCGCUGUCAUUUGGUCUUCAUAGCGCUGUCAUAAGGUCUUCAUAGCGCUGUCAUAAGGUCUUCAUAGCGCUGUCAUAAGGUCUUCAUAGCGCUGUCAUAAGUAUGAUAUAAUAUGUCAUAACACACUAUGAUGGUUAGUGAUUACCAACGUUUCAUGGCAGGUAUGCUGACAGGUGUCAUGGCGUCUUUUUAACAACACUAGGAAGACUCUACGGUAGUGCACGUGAAGUAAACCAUCGCUUUAUCUGUGCAUGACUUGUGGCCAAGACGCUAGCCAAAUGUCUGCUUCUCUGUCUGUCAUACAUGUGUUUCCAUGUCGAGUUGGCAGAGAUGUGACAUAGUCAAGCCAAAGUGUUACACAGAUUCUACUGGCCAAUCAAAGGCUCACAUUUUAGUGCUCUGAGAAAAAUCAAACCUGAUUGGGGGCGGUUGUCACUAGUUACCACAGGCACAAAGUCAAAAUUGUCUAUUGGCUUUUUGUUCUUGAUUUUAAGGUUUAGGCAUAAAGUUAGCAGUGUGGUUAGGUUUAAAAACAGAUUUUUAAGAAGAGAAGUUUUAGAAAUCGAUGGGGUUUAGCCAUAAUUAUGACAUUGUGGCUGUGGUAACUAGUGAUGACCAAUUUGGGCAGAAAGACUGCAUUAUCAGGAGAUUUUAGUUCAGUGGACUGUCAGAGGAAACGUUGCCCUUUUUGUUCCAAUACUUGAGAAAUGCAUCCUUCCUACAUUCCUUGAAGUAAUCACAGAGCUGAAGUGGAAGUACCAUGGUGGUAACCUUCGAUUAUAGCUUUCCAAUCACGUAUAGAUAUGUGAUUACCUUAAGGAAGGACGUAUUUCUGAAGUAUUCAAACAGACCCAGUGUACUGGAAGAAUGCACCUGAACCACUUUAUUUUAUUUCACCUUAACUUUAAAGUCAUUAUAUAUAUUUUGGUUUUUGUCUGGCUUUUAGUAGCAGCUCUUCUGUAGAGCGGCCAUGUUUUUACGUCACCGCUGUGAACAGAUGCUUGUUUCUUCCCUGGAAAACAAUACAAUACUCGACGGUUCUCAUUAUUUAUGAUUUCUAAACGUUCUCUUAUAGUGAAGUUGUCCUCCAAGCAAGUUCCAGAUUCAUGCUAGGUGAAUGCUAGGGGAUUGCUAGGUGAAUGCUAGGGGAUUGCUAGGUGAAUGCUAGGUGAAUGCUAGGGGAUUGCUAGGUGAAUGCUAGGGGAUUGCUAGGUGAAUGCUAGGGGAUUGCUAGGUGAAUGCUAGGGGAUUGCUAGGUGAAUGCUUGGGGAUUGCUAGGUGAAUGCUUGGGGAUUGCUAGGGGAUUGCUAGGGGAAUGCUAGGUGAAUGCUAGGUGAAUGCUAGGUGAAUGCUUGGGGAUUGCUAGGUGAAUGCUUGGGGAUUGCUAGGUGAAUGCUUGGGGAUUGCUAGGUGAAUGCUAGGGGAAUGCUAGGGGAAUGCUAGGUGAAUGCUUGGGGAUUGCUAGGUGAAUGCUUGGGGAUUGCUAGGGGAUUGCUAGGUGAAUGCUAGGGGAUUGCUAGGUGAAUGCUAGGGGAUUGCUAGGUGAAUGCUUGGUGAAUGCUAGGUGAUUUUAAAGCCCCUGACCCCCUUCAAAAGUUGUUGCUGCUCUUUUUUUGGGGGGGGGGGGGGGGAUUAUGAUCAUCAUGGAUGCACUGGAUAAAAUUUCUGUCGUUGAAUGAAAUGUUAUUUUCCUUGUGAGAAAAUGUAUUGUGAGAUUAAUGCAGAUUGAUUUACUGAACAUUCUUUUGUCUUUUUUUAAUAUUUAUCUCUCCCCCCCACUGUAAAACGAUGUAUAACUAUUGAAUGUUAUAGGGAAUUUUGUCCAAUAUUUUAAAUACACUCUACAUGACCAAGUAUGUGGACAUCUCCUGGUCGAAAAUCCCAUUCCAAAAUCAUGGGCAUUAAUAUAGAGUUGGUCACGCCCUUUGUUGCUAUAACAGCCUGCAGUCUUCUGGGAAGGCUUCCCACUAGAUGUUGAAACAUUGCUGCUGGGACUUGCUUCCAUUCAGCCACAAGAGCAUUAGUGAGGUUGGGCACUGAUGUUGGGCGAUUAGGUCUAACUCGCAGUCGGAGUUCCAAAUCAUCCCAAAGGUGUUCGAUGGGGUUGAGGUCAGGGCUCUGUGCAGGCCAGUCAAGUUCUUCCACACCGAUCUCGACAAACCAUUUCUGUAUGGACCUCACUUUGUGCACGGGGGGCAUUGUCAUGCUGAAACAGGAAAGGGCCUUCCCCAAACUGUUGCCACAAAGUUGGAAGCACAGAAUCAUCUAGAAUGUCAUUGUAUGCUGUAGCGUUAAGAUUUCCCUUCACUAGAACUAAGGGGCCCGAACCAUGAAAAACAACCCCAGACUAUUAUUCCUUCUCCACCAAACAUGAAAUCCACCAAACCCAAAUUCGUCCAAUGGCUGAGAGCUUUACACCACUCCAGCCGACGCUUGGCAUUGCGCAUUGUGAUUUUAGGCUUGUGCGCUGCUGCUCGGCCAUGGAAACCCAUUUCAUGAAGCUCCCGACGAACGGUUCUUGUGCUGACAUUGCUUCCAGAGGCAGUUUGGAACUCGGUAUUGAGCUUGUGUGGCCUACCACUUCACAGGUGAGCUGCACUUACAGUUGACCGUGGAAGCUCUAGCAGGGCAGAAAUUUAACGAGCACCUAUGACGGUGCCACAUUUUGAAAGUCACUGAGCUCUUCAAGUAAGGCCCAUUCUACUGCCAAUGUUUGUCUAUGGAGUUUGCAUGGCUGUGUGCUCAAUAUUUAUACACCUGUUGCUUGUGACUGAAAUAGCCAAAUCCACUCAUUUGAAAGGGUGUCCAUACUUUUGUAUAUACAAUGUACGUCACUUCAUUCCAAUAGAACAGUCCCAUGUUCCAAUGUUUACACUAGCAUACAGUAGCGCUUAGAAUGCCUGCCCAAUACAUUGCUUCAUACUAAGUAGUGGGUUAGUGUGGAUAUCUGAACCGCAUAUCCAAGUCAAACAAAGCGGCGUUCUACAUUUUGCAUGAGUCGAGUCCCAAAUGGCAUCCCCCAUAUACCCUUUGGGGUGCCCUAUGUGGGACUUGGUUUGUAGAGAUGCAGUGGCUCUGGAACCUCUGCUGUAUGGGCUAGAUGUGCCCUGCGCUGAGACAAAUUUAAGCGAGACAGGAAAUUAAGACUUGCGUCACAAACAGCACCCUAUCCCCUAUGUUGUGCCCUACUUUCGACUAGGGCUCUGGUCAAAAGUAGUGUGCCAUGUAGGGAAUAGGGUGGCAUUUUAUACCUUGCCCUUUACCACAUCUUCAGCACUCUUUACCAGCAGCGAUCACAGAGAUGCCAUCCUGGAACCCAUGGCCCUACUGGUUCACUUCAGAUUCAGUCAGCUACAUUUAGUUCUGAUUCCAGGCCAGGCAGAAAACAUAUUCUUUUUUUUAAAACACUCCCCAUGAGCAUUUCAAUCCUGUGAAGCCCAGGGCUAAUUUAUUAACUGACCAGUGUACACCCCCUCCCUCUGUGGCAGGAUGGUAUGACCCGUUGGCAGAUAGUGCAGUCUACUACUGAAAUUAUUACUUUUUGUCCUCCUUAUUGUUGAUGGAUCGGAAAGAGAUGUAUUAAUUGAAAUUAUCAUUUUAUUUUGUAAAAAAAAAAGUGUUUAAAGAAUUAAAGUGAUAUUGCACUGACAUUGAAAAUGUACAUAGUGUUUUGUAAAUAAGCCAUUAAAACAGAUGCAUUUGAAUAUGAACUGUAAAAAAAAAAAAAAUUACAGUAGUUGUAUAUGGUGUGAUGAAACUGUUGAUCUGUAACUAAUAUCCAAGCAACACAUUCAAUACAACAGAUGCAAUUAAGACA